AUGAUUGAAAGCUACUUCCUCAAUGAAGGUUUCAAAAGGAGCUGCUAUGAAUACACUUUGUUCAUAAAAGAAGAAAAAGAGAAAAUAUUAAUUGUAAGUCUUUAUGUUGAUGAUCUUAUUUUUACUGGUAAUGAUAUGAUCAUGAUGCAAGGAUUCAAAAAUUCUAUGAAAAGAGAAUUCGAGAUGACUGAUCUAGGAGAAAUGAAGUACUUCUUAGGAGUUGAAGUGCGUCAAAAUGCGAGAGGAAUACACAUAAGCCAGAAGAAAUAUGCAGGAGAAGUUCUCGAGAGAUUCGGCAUGGGAAAUUGUAAUGGAGUAAAAAAUCCCAUAGUCCUUGGAAGUAUUAAGCUGUCAAGAGAAGAGGAAGGAAAACAAGUUGAUGGAACUCUUUUCAAGCAGAUGGUGGGGAGUUUGAUGUAUAUGACAACAACCAGACCUGACUUAAUGUACUGUGUGUGUCUUAUUAGUAGGUACAUGUCAAAUCCAAAGGAAGUACACAUGCUUGUAGCCAAACGAAUUUAA